ACGAAGCGUAUAGUGUACAGAUUUUUGGCGUCGAUCGAUUGAAAUUAGAAUCGGAGUGAAACCCAACUCCCAUAUACACCCAGCAGCCAACCCUUUUUUCUACGUACUUGGGAUUUCCGAUGGGCAAACUCUCCUCCGCCGUUGAAAUCCCCGACGAUCGGCGUCGCAGCCCCCACAAUAACGGCCGCUAUUCACGGCAAUCUGAAAUCCCCGACGAUCGGCGUCGCAGCCCCCGCGAUAACGGCCGCUAUUCACGGCAAUCUGACGCCUCAGCCGACCUCCACCGUCGCCGCCGCCGCAGUUUUAGCCGGAGCCGCAGUCGCAGCCGCAGCCGCAGUUUCAGCCCAACAAACGUCUACGCAAGGUACGAACACAAUUCCACUCAUAAUCGUAGCCGUCGAUCGUAUUCGCCCGAUUACUCAAACCCUAGAAGAAGCCCUAGGUCCGAAACCCUAAAAUCAGAGAGAAAAUUCGGCUAUGGAGAUCGAAAGAAUCGCGACGCACCACCAUACCUUGAUCGCGAUUACAGGAACGAAAGGGUUCCUGAAGCUGAAGCGGAGUCGGACGAAGAACUGAGAGGUUUGAGCUUUGAAGAUUACCGGAGGCUCAAGCGCCAGAAACUUAGGAAGAUGUUUACGUUGAAGAGUUAUGUUUGGGAUCUCACGCCUAGCCCUCCUAGACACGAGAACGAUCCAUACGAACAAGAACCGGAGGAAAUUACAGACAAGUACGAAGAGGAGAAAGGAAACAGCAGCGAUUCAAGUGACAAAGUGAAAGAUAGAGGGGCGAAAUCAGAUCCCAAUUCGGAAUCGGAAUCGGAAUCAGAAUCAGCAUCUGAUUCGGAUGAUUCGCGAUCGAGGAGGAAGAGGAAGAGCAGGAGUUCUAGGCGUAGAAGUAGGAAAUCGGAAUCAGCCGGUGAUAGUGAAUCGGAUGAGUUGAGUGAUGAUGAUUCGGAAGAAGAUGAAGAAGAAGAAGAAGAUAGGAGACGGAGAAAGAAGUCGAGGAGUAGACAAAGCAGGCCAAGAAAGAGCCGUAGGAGGAUUAGUAAGGGGAAGCGGAGUAGUACAAGGAAGAGUAGGGAUAUCGAUUCUGACGAAAGUGAGAGCGAAGCUAGUGAAAAUGAGGAAUCUUCGGAUGAUCAAGUGAAAUCAAAGAAGCUGAGACGCUCCUCCUUGCAAUCUAAGAGGAGCAAGAAAAAGAGAGAAUCAGAUGCUGGGAGUUUGGAUUCAGAUGAGAAUUCUGAUUCUGAAGUUGAUGCAAAAAAUAUAUCUAAGGUAGAUGACGCGAUGACUAUUGAGGACGAUAGUGAAUUGCUUAUGUUCAAAGAGAUGAUUGAAUCGAGAAAGAAAUCUGCUUUAGAGAAUGAGCCAGUGGUUGGACCAAUGCCAUUGCCUAGGGCUGAAGGACAUAUUAGCUAUGGAGGGGCACUCCGGCCUGGUGAAGGUGAUGCCAUUGCUCAGUAUGUUCAACAAGGAAAGCGUAUCCCACGGAGAGGUGAAGUCGGUCUUUCAGCGGAGGAGAUUCAGAAAUUUGAGAGCCUUGGGUAUGUGAUGAGUGGUAGUAGGCAUCAAAGGAUGAAUGCUAUUCGUAUCAGGAAAGAAAACCAGGUUUAUAGUGCGGAAGAUAAGAGGGCUUUGGCAAUGUUUAACUAUGAGGAGAAGGCGAAGCGGGAACAGAAGGUUAUGGCUGAUCUGCAGCGGCUGGUGCAACGCCACAUCGGACAGGAUGCUGGCCCUUCUCAUGAUCCUUUUGCUGGAAGGGAGGGUGCUGAUGCUUGAUAUUCAUCAGAGAUUCACAAGCUCUAGUUCGGGCAUUGUAAAGAGGAGAUGUAUCUGGUCUGGAAUCACAAUGAGGAGGUAUACAAGUUCUGUUGAGGAUGCUGUGGGUAGGUCGUCCAGUUGAAUUGAUCCACUGUUGACAAAAUUGAUUUUUUUUAAGGCACUACUAGCUGUUCUCAGCAGCAUCUCAGCUGGAUGCUUGAUUAUGACACUCAAUUGGUAAUAGCCUUGAAGGGAAUUUGUUAUAAAAACCCCCAACUAUUUUUCUUGCUUGAUAAUCAUGUGAUUUGGUUUUUCACUAAGCAUCAAUGUAUGAUUUUUACAUAGUGACAAGUUAUUUCCCCAUAAUUUCCGUUGAUAA